AUGACGUGGUAUCAGCCGGUGUUAACAUGCAAUUGGGUCUGCGGACCUUCCAAGGUCAAGACACUGACGGGGAAGACCAUCACUCUGGAUGUUGAGGCAGGGCUGCACGGGCAUACUUUCUGCACCCGGGAAGGCAUCCCCCCCGACCAGCAGCGCUUGAUCUUUGCAGGCAAGCAGUUGGAGGACGGCCGCACGCUGAGCGACUACAACAUCCAGAAGGAGUCGACGCUGCACCUGGUGCUGCGCCUCCGAGGCGGCGUCAUUGAGCCUUCCCUGGCGGUCCUUGCGCGAAAGUUCAACUGUGAGAAGAUGAUCUGCCGAAGAUGCUACGCACGCCUGCACGCCAGGGCGGUGAACUGCCGCAAGAAGAAGUGUGGACACUCCAACCAGCUGCGCCCAAAGAAGAAGCUGAAGUGA